UGUACUUUCUAGCGGAUGUUUUGAGGUAAUAACGUAAAUAAAGCCAUUUCCAGUUAGAGUAUAAAAUAGUGUCGAUAUUGUCAAAGAUAAAAGUUAACUGUGUUGUAAAUUAUCGUUAAAUGUAUGAAUAAGUCUAAUCUGCACGCUCGAUUGAAAGCGUAAUCAAGGGAUGCGUAAUCUACACGCGCAGAUAUGAUACCCCUACACAAGAUGAGGUUUGCAUAACUUGUGUAAUGUUCUCAACGAAAGAGCAGUUGAUAAAGAAAACAGGGAAACAUGGGGUCGGACGCUUCGCCUUUUUACAACAGUUAGUCAAUGAAUAUAACGCAAGCAAGUCUCGAGAGGCAAAAGAACAAGUAUUGGCUAAUUUAGCAAAUUUUGCAUAUGAUCCAGUGAAUUAUGAUUAUCUUUGGAGAUUGAGAAUACUUGACUUAUUUUUUGAAGCACUGGAAGACAAUAACAAUAAAAUUGUUUCUUAUGCUAUUGGAGGAAUUUGUAAUAUUUGUUUAGAACCAUUGAGUAGAGAAUAUAUUAUUCGAAAUCAUGGAAUAAAAAGUAUUUCAACUCUCUUAUCAAGUAAUGAAGAAUCCAUAGUAUUAUCAGCCAUAACAUCUUUGAUUUAUUUGGAUACUCCCAGCUCAAGAAAUGAGAUUACAUCACUUGCAAAUGUGAAAAGAAUCACUGAAUUAUCUAAGAGCAUAAAUCCUAGAAUAAAAAACAUAGCAAUUAUAUUCUUGAAAGAUUUGUGCAAUGUUAAUUUCAGCACUCAAUUACAUUUAAGGAAGAUAGCAACAGCAAACAAGAAAACUAGUCAGAACAAAACUUGUGAUACAAAUAAAAGCACAAAUACUACAACAAGUACAACUGCAACUGCAAGUACAAAAAAAGCAAUGAAAAAAGCAAAAAUGUUUCGCACAAUACUUGCCUCGGCAAAAAAAUAUUGUAGCAAAACACCCUCUAGUUCAAGUGCAACAGCAACUCUGGAAGACCUUAAAAUUGGAAAUAGAGUUUCGAUUCAAAGAACAGUAACCGAAGAUGAUGUUCUUGGAUUUGCUCAACUAACUAAUGAUUAUAAUCCAAUACAUAUAAAUUCAACCAAAAAUAUUGUUCAUGGAGCCUUUUUGAAUGGACUUUUAUCUGGUAUUCUUGGUACCAAAUUGCCUGGACCUGGUACAGUUGUAGUAGAACAAAUACUACGCUACCCAAAACCAUGUUAUGUUGGAGACACUGUUGAAAUUUCUGUUGAGAUAACAUCAGUAAGAAAAAUAGUUAAAUGUAAAUAUACUUGUGUAGCAAACUCAGAAAGAAUUGUAAUGGAAGGGGAAGCUAAGUUAGUAACAAAUGCAAAUAAAACUCAAAAGAUCAUAUUUACAAAAUAAACGAU